CACUUCCGCGUUCCCUAUUCUUCACUGCAGUUUUUAUUUGGACAUGGAACGCGACGCAAAGACUUCGAGAUGUUUAUCACGCGCAAAUUAGUGAUCAAUUAGCAAAAAAAAAUAAUCCAUGAAACGCCUGUGACGACAUAGUGUUAAAGUUAAAUAGUCAACAGCGCAACCAAUUGUUGACUGUGUGUGCGGGGCAUGCUGACUCAGCUACGGUGAACGACAAAGGCAGAUACGGGAACGAGAUAAAGUCCGGCAGCGGCACUCAUUUGAGCAUUUCCUGCUACUCUGCAUCCCACAAAGGCGAAAGGCGUUAACAACAGCAGCCGCACGUACAGAUGUAUACCAAUUAAACCGCAGUGACAUCCAUCCACUACACACACACACACUCACAGACAUACACGCAGAUUAGUUUACGCACACACGGGACAGACACCACCUACAACACCCAACACCACAAACACACACGCACACACACGCGAAGUCAAACACACACGCGUACUCGCACACACACACAAUGUCACAUUUGCCACUGGCAGUGCAUGGCUUCGCAGCAGUUUUUAUGAUUUUUUGGUUCGGUACAUGGUGCGUGCAUUUGAUCGCGAUCUGCUAUGGCAAAUACAAAUUGCACAAGAAGUCAUGCAAGCUGCCCACAGAAUCCUCCCCGCUGCCGGGCGUUUCCAUACUGAAGCCAUUAAUGGGCGUGGAUCCGAAUUUGCAACAUAAUUUGGAAACAUUCUUCACCAUGGACUAUCCACUGUACGAGUUAUUGUUUUGCGUGGAGGAGAAACACGAUCCGGCUAUUAAACUAGUGGAGCAACUGAUCGACAAGUAUCCCCAGAUCGACGCCCAGCUCUUUGUGGGUGGCUCCGAUGUGGGCGUCAAUCCCAAAAUCAACAAUAUCCAUCCUGGCUACAUGGCAGCUAAAUAUGACUUUGUCAUGAUCUCAGACAGUGGGAUUAAAAUGAAGAACGACACGCUUCUCGACAUGGUGCAGACCAUGUCCGACCGGCAUGCGCUAGUUCACCAAAUGCCGUUCACCAGCGACCGGGACGGCUUUGCGGCCACCUUCGAGAAGGUCUUCUUUGGCACGGUGCAGUCCAGGAUUUACCUGUCAGCCGAUGUCUUGGGCAUCAACUGCCACACGGGCAUGUCGUGUCUGCUGCGAAAGGCGGUCAUCGAUCAGCUGGGCGGACUACGCGCUUUCGGCUGUUACCUGGCCGAGGACUUCUUCAUUGCCAAACGAGUCACGGAACUGGGCUGGAAGAUGCGCAUCUCGAAUCAGCCCGCACUCCAAAAUAGCGGCGUCUGCGACAUAAGCAGCUUUCAGGCGCGCCUGAUACGCUGGGCCAAGCUGCGCGUCGCUAUGGUGCCGACGACAAUCCUGCUGGAGCCGCUGUCGGAGUGCAUGAUACUGGGUGCACUGGCUGCGUGGUCAGCAGCCCUGCUGUUCGAAUGGGAUCCGCUGGUGUUUUACUUGGUGCACGUUCUCUGCUGGUUUCUGUCCGACUGGCUGCUGUUGUCCAUAGUGCAGCACGGCUCGAUGCCGUUCCACAAGUUCGAGUUUGUCAUCGGCUGGCUGUUCAGGGAGCUCACGGGGCCCUACCUGUUCCUACACGCACUGUGGAAUCCGGCAAUUCGCUGGCGGACGCGCACCUUCAAAUUGCACUGGGGCGGCAUGGCGUACGAAUUGCCGCUUCAUACACCUGCAACAGAUUCGCUAACAGCGCCACUGCAGCCAGCGCCCACGUUACUGGCGACAACAACGACAACAACAACAGCAUCAGCAAAUACGACAAUGGGCGCGGGACUGGGAACGCUGAGCGCAGCAGCCAAACAGCGAUUGCUGAUCUCGUAGCAGCAGCUAGUUCAAAUUUGUUUGUUAUAUGCGUAAUUGUACUUUCGUUAUAGACUCGGCAGACUGCGACAAUGUGAAGCUACAGUCAAAGUUAGUAGUAUUAUUACUAGCCUAAACAAAACCCCUUAGUCACUACAUAAACUUUAAUUAAGUAAGUCUAAAGUUAAGUGGAUGAGCUGCUAGCUUUCUGCUGCUGUGCGCCCUAGGCAUAACCAUGAGCGAGAGGCAGGCAUGCCAAGUUCAGCGUAUGCGAACUGAAGGGAAUUUGCUCUCACACACACCCACACACUCACACACACACGACUCACACACUCUGAAACUGACAACAAUAACAAGCUUUAACGGCAGCAACAUGCAAAAUUUUGUUGAUUUGUAGAACCAAACCUAACUUUAAGUUGACCAUCUAUCUUUAGGCAUCUAUGCUAUAGAGAUCUGUAAGAUAUAUAAUACUAAGUUGUGCCGUUUUGUACAUUUUGUAGUUUCUUUAGUUGGUCUAAGAUUGAGAAACGAGAGAGAGAAAGAGUAACCGGCAGAGAAAGAGAGAGAGAGAGAGCGAGAGAGCUGUAUAGGUUAGUUAGAUUUUGUUAUUGCUAUUUUAUAUUCGAUAAUCGUAAUUAUCUAAUUAGCUAUUUAUUAUUAUUAUUUGCCUAGCAAAAAUACAUUCAUAUUUUUUGUUUGAUUUACUUUAACUCUAACUCUAACUAUCUAUAUUCUAUUAGUUUUUCUCUUUUCGCGCUCUGUAAAUAUGCUUCGCUAAAAACGCCAUCGAAUAAAUGUAAUUUACAUUAUAAAUGAGUUUAAUCCCUUUCAUUUUGAUUUAUUUGCAAUCAUUUGUCAUUUUAUUUACAUUCGCAUUUCUUUCUUUGAUGAUAAAAGUGAUUUCGCUUCUGAUGAGUCAGUCACAUGGGCUACGUCUAUAGUAUUCUAUGAUCGGGCAGGUUCUACAACGACUGACAUGUCUGGGAAAAAACUCGGAACUGACUCACAAUGCGUAUUUCUUAUCGCGCAUUAGAAAAUGCAAACUGAAAGUGGGCGGUUCCAAAGCAGUUGUUAUAGGGCUUUAAAAAUCGAUCGCAGGGUACACGUACACCUAUUUUCAGGUAUAGCUCAAUAGGCCCUUAAUAUUCCAGAUCUAGAUCUGGCCGGAGUCAGCAAGUAGCAUCACAAUAUUCUUUGCGAAUCGAGAAUAUUUUUGCUAUACCGAUAGAUAGGCUUGGAGCUUAUCUCGAUCUUCAGUAAGUAUUGCCCAUAUGAGAGCGUGCAUACAAUAAAAUAACAAACAAACAGAAACGAGCUCAGCAACAGCAACA